GAAGGGCCAUGGCCGUACAGCACGAUGGCGGCGCCCACGGUGAGAGUGUGAGGUGCUGCCGUGCCAGGGCGAGCUCCGGGGCUUUUUUCCAGGCGCAGCGAGUUCUUCUGUGGAAAAACCUCAGCUUUCUGCCUUUGUGUGCCCCCGGGGGCGGGCAUCGGCGCCGGGCCUCAGCAGCGCUGGUGCCGCCGCUGCCUCUGUGCCUGUGUUACUGCUCCCGAGCGCUGUAUGUGUGGGAGGAGUUUACUCCAGGAAAUGUGUGUAGUUGAUAAAAGCUGCAGUUUCAGGAAGUUGAUUUUUCCUCCUGAAAAGGGAAGUUAUGAUGUCCGUGGUACAUCGUAUGACUGCGGGAUGGCUUGUGGAUCAUCUCUCUUUCAUCAACCAGUAUGGCUAUGAGAUCUGUGACUCCUUUUUAUGCCCUGGUGGUGUCACUCUCAAUACUUCUGUCACAUCUACUGAAGACUGUCAUGGUUCUUCUACCUUUGUUGCCACCUCCUCAUCAAGCAGUGGUCCUACUCAUAGCCCUGAGGAUGCCAUAGAAACAGAAGGUAAAACAGCAAAAAUGAGAUAUGUGUUUCGAGAGGAGUUCUUUGACAUUUCUAAGCCCCGUAUAGUUGCGCGUCCUGAGGAGCAGCUACGUCAGGGGUGCCCUGAGAUGAGUCUGACAGAAAUAAAGGUCAACAGUAACAGAGAGGAACGCCAGGAAGGAACAAAGAGUGGUGUUGAAGAUUCUGUUGCCAGUGCUAGGAAGAAACGUAAAAGGAAAUGUUUAUUCAACCAAGGUGAACUGGAUGCUUUGGAAUACCAUUCAAAGGUCAGGAAGCUGAUUUGGGAAGGCACUUUUCAUUUAGUCCAGGAAGGACUCAAAAGUGGUUUUCUUCACCAAAGGACGGCAGAACUCAGUUGCAGGAAGAAUAAUGUUCCUGUUGUCUGUGGGUUGGCUGAAUUAUGUGAAAUGGCAAAGCAGUUUCCAGCUGUGAAUGAAGGUGACCAUCGGGCUGUAUAUGUGCUAGAGGAUGAAACCUCCAGUCCAGAGCAGGACCUGCUUUCGUGUGUUGCAGAAAACACCUCAAACCAUGCAAAGAUAAUUGUGUUAAUGGGGCAGAAGUACUUGGUGCCACCAAAAAGCAGCUUCCUUUUGUCUGAUAUUUCAUGUUUACAGCCCCUGCUGAACUACAAGAAAAAAUAUGAUGUAAUUGUGAUUGAUCCACCAUGGGAGAACAAGUCUGUUAAAAGGAGCAACAGGUACAGCCACUUGUCUCCAUGGCAAAUCAAGCAGAUUCCUGUACCAACACUAGCUACUCCAAAUUGUCUUGUAGUCACAUGGGUGACUAAUAGACAGAAGCACUUACAUUUUGUUAAGGAUGAACUCUAUCCUCACUGGUCAGUGAAGACACUUGCUGAGUGGCACUGGGUAAAAAUUACUAGGGCUGGAGAAUUUGUAUUGCCUUUGGAUUCUUUGCACAAAAAGCCCUAUGAAGUUCUUGUACUGGGGAGAGUUCAAGGAGAUGUAAAGGAAGCCUUAAGGAAAUCUGAAGGUGUACUUCCAAUUCCAGAGCAUAAGUUAAUUGUCAGCAUACCCUGCACUCUGCAUUCACAUAAACCUCCUCUUACUGGAGCAAUCCAUGAUCUGAUCAGCUGGGGUCUCACACAGGCAGUAUGUGACAGGCAAACUUCCUACAAAGAGUCAGAACUUGGAUUGCACCAAAUAAACCAAGAAAAAGCAUUCCCUCUCAUACUUUGGUGUAUGCUGAUUGGAUGUGUAUGCUGAUAUGAUCUGCAGUGAUCAUACCUGAAGAGACUGAGUCAAGCAGCAUACUGUUGGAUUAAUGAGUUGUAUUUUUAAGUGGCAGAGAUUCAGAAAUCACUGGGAGAUCUAAUAAAAAAUCACCAAAAUAUCCUUUGGAAAUGUUUUCAUAACUUUUCUUCUUUUGUCUUCAGUAACAAAACCAAAAACUUAACAUAUAAUUUUUAGUAUAGAUAAGGUUUUUAAGAUUUUUUUGGUCUUUCUGCCUUCUCUGUGUUCUGUACUCCUUAAACCUUUGCUUUUGUCAUGCAUAUUUUUAUAUGCAGUAACUUUGUGAAACCUAGUUAAGGAUUUGUUUGAACCAGCCACAGACUAAAUGGCUCUGUAUGACAAGUAAAACAUUUAGCAAUAAACUCUUUGCGAUAAUACUUUUCAAGCAAAAUGCAAGGUCUUUUUCUGUCACUCCAAGAAUACCAUUCAUAAUCUGUGACAUUUACAUCAUUAAUGUUAAUGACAGGCAUCUAUUUAUUUGGAUUUAAGCAGUAAAAAUGCCCAACUGUAAAAGAAAUAUGAGAUUUAUGUUACUGAAUAAAAGAACAGAGUUAUAUAAAGAUCUCUUCUGUUGCCAAGUUGGUAUUGGAGAAAAAGUAGUGCUUGCAUUUUUAUAGCCCUUUAGUGCUAUGCUUGUUUAACUGGUGCCUCUUAUUUUACCUCUUAACAGUCAUCACAAAAAUGCUUUUAUCCCCUUUAAGGUGCAAAGGAAAAGAGUGUGAUCUUAAUAAGAAAAGGGGUUAUUUAUUUAUUUAUUUUUAGAAAUGUUACCCCUGUGUUAUAGGAGCUAAGUUAGUCUUUAGGAGCUGUUUGUUGAUAUUAGUAAAAAAUUCAGAACUCGUCUAUGUAGAGGCUGAAAUAAAUCCUCAUUCCUUUUCUCUAAAUGAAAACCAAUAAAUCAAGGCUAUUGAAGGCCUUGACAGUAUUGUUCAGAAUCUCAAGGGCACUUAUUUAAAAUUACUUUCUCACUAUAAAUAGUCCAGCUGUUUGAUGAAACCCCUGAAAUUAAUUUGCUGUCUCUCCCUUUUUUAAUGAAACAUUCAUUUUUUCAUCCACUAGCAUCACAGGGGAGGUUUUAUGUGUUCACUGUUGUUAUUUGUACCAUUGUCACUGUUGUUUUCUUUUUUUUUUUUC